GUGGCGUCUAUCUUUCGGAUUUGUUUUCUUAAUCAUGAGAAGACUUUCUCACAUGGAUAUAGACGAGUCACGACGACUCACGCGUAUCGAAACAAAACGUUGUUGUUAGAGAGAAAAUUCCAGUUCUUGGAUUCCGGCGACCUCAUUGGUGAAAGAUCUUCAGAGAUUAUUAUAUUUCUCUUGACCGGUUUCGAUGGCGGAUGGAAACGCCAGUUCGCGUUACGUGAAAUUGAGGAAAGAGCAGGCUCCUGUCGAAGAAGAUAUCACACCCGGUGAACUCAAUCAGCCCAUUGAUGUUCCUCAGGUACGUUAGAUUCUCCCUCCCUGCAUUACUCUUAACGCACGUUUCUAGAGAACUCCGAUCUCGUAAUUCCUUUAGAUCUGUACCUUAAUCGAUUUGAUGGCUUUGAUAAUCUGUGGUGGUAGAGUUCUUGUUGAUCCCGAUUGUUGUUUGUGUCGAUCUCCACCUCUCGAUGAGGUCUUAGAGAUGAAAUUUUUGUCCUGUUUGAUUGAGGAAUAGUGUAACUAGUCUCUGUUGAUUUGAUUUCUUUGAUCAAUCUUGAAUUUCUCCGUGCAUUAGAUCCUUGUGAUGUGAUAUAGAUUCUAGUAGUGCAUAUCUGUUGUGACAUGAACAUAUAGCGAUUUCUUAUUGGCACCACUACCUGUUUUAAAGUUUUAUGUAUCAACACUGAUUAGUCUAGUCUCAUCAAGCAACUAUUAAAAUAAGCCUAGAGUACUAGUAGUGUACGUUCCUUUGAGCUUCCUUAUAAGAAUGUGUGAUGGAAUCAAGAAACUAGAAUCUUUCUCUGAAUUUCUUCUGCUCUCACUAUGGUAGUCAUUGUAGUGUGGCGUCAUGUAUUACAACCACUCUACUGCUUUUUCUGUUUUUGAAAUUGUUUACAGUUGAAUGUCCGCAAGUGCCAUGAAUGUAUGCAAGUUCUACCUGAAACCUAUGAACCUCCUUCUGAUGAAAACUGGACCACCGGCAUUUUUGGUUGUGCUGAAGAUCCAGAGAGCUGCAGGACUGGUCUCUUUUGUCCGUGUGUUCUGUUUGGGCGUAACAUUGAAGCUGUGAGGGAAGAGAUUCCUUGGACCCAACCAUGUGUAUGCCAUGCUGUAUGUGUCGAAGGAGGUAUGGCACUUGCAGCAGUAACCGCACUCUUCAGUGGCUACAUUGAUCCACAAACAACAGUUGUGAUCUGCGAAGGCCUCUUCUUUGCUUGGUGGAUGUGUGGAAUCUAUUCAGGCUUGUUCCGCCAAGAACUCCAGAAGAAAUAUCAUCUCAAGAAUGCGCCUUGUGAUCAUUGCAUGGUUCACUGUUGCUUGCACUGGUGUGCUUUGUGCCAGGAACACAGGGAGAUGAAGAAUCAUCUUUCUGAUACAGAAGCCUCAUCAUCAACUACUAUGGAUCCUCCCCCAGUUCAAGAGAUGAACACUGAGGAGAGAAGAGACGCUUCAUCUUCUUCGUCCUCAUCCCCAUCAUCUGCCAAAAGCCAACACAAUGAUCUCGAGAUGGUCCCUCUAUAGGAAACGUUCCUUAUUAAUCUCUGCUGCUUAUGCUUUAAGCUGUUUUUUCUGUGCAGAGAAGUUUUCGUACCAGAUGACUCUAUUGUCCUUAGGUUUUAAAUAUGCAAAAGUUUGUUCUAAGAACAAGUUCAAUAGUACUCUUAAGUUUUACAGAACUUAAAUUCAUGACUUCAUUGAAUCUCUUGGAAGAAGGAAGAAAACUAUUUUGUGAUUAAACACUGCAUGAUUGGUAAAUUUGUUUC